AUGGACGUCGACUCACUGUCCCCGACACAAAGGGAUGCGCUCUCUCAAAUUCAGGCUCUCACCAACGGCGGGGAUUCGGAGGUCGCCAUUGGUGUCCUUUCUAGCGUGAACUGGGAUGUCCAGCGUGCCGCAGAAAUCAUCUUCGAUGGAGCUCACCCGCCACCUCAACCUGUCUCACCUCCUCGGAGAGAAGAGUUCGAGAUAGACGACUCUGAGCAGCAAGGGCUGCUCGGAGGCCGCCGGGGCGGCCGCGAGUUUAGGCCUGUGGACCCCGCCCCGUUCUCGGUGGUCGUGAUGCGCCCGCUGCGCGUCAUGUUCAACAUCCUCGCGAUCCCGCUCUACCCGCUUUUCUCCCUCAUCCGCUUCCUCUUCCGCGCGCUGCACAUCCCCCUCCCCAACAUUGGGCCCUUCUCGUUCUCGUAUCGCACCCUCGGGCCCGCGCCCGGUCGCGGAGCGCGCGACCCCAAGACUGCGGCGGAGCGUUGGGUUCGUGCUCUUGAGGAGGAGACCGGCGCGGUGUGCGUUGGGCGCGCUGCGCCCAGGAAGUCGUCGCAGACGAACGGACACAGCACGGCGUCGGGCGUCGCGGGGCCAUCAUCUCUGACUACGCGUCCCGGCCCGUGGGAGGGAAGCGAAUCGGGCGAGUCGAAGCUGCUGCCUGACUUCUUCUUGGGAAGCUACGAAGACUUUGCGCGGACGUGCCAGCGGGAGCUGAAGAUCGGAUGCAUUGUCAUCGUCAGCGAAGAGCACGACGAUGACGCCGAGUUCAAGCGGAGCACCCUCACGGACCCCAGCUUCCUGCGGGUCAUCCAAGAGAACGACAUGUUCGUUUGGGGCGGCGACAUCCGUGACCGCGAUGCCUGGCAAGCUUCCCAGAAGCUCCACGCGACCACGUACCCCUUCGUCGCAUUCAUCGCGCUCCAGCCACGACGCACUCCGUCCUCAUCGGCUCCCCCGGCGCCUGCCCUGACCAUCCUCUCCCGGCACCAAGGGCCCUCGAUCCCCUCCACCUCCGCCCCAACCGCGGCUGAAACGCUCGUCAGCCACCUCACCGACUCGCUCCUCCCGCGCGUCACGCCCUUCCUCAACAAGCUCCGCCUCGAGGCUGCCGAACGCGACCGCGAACGCACCCUCCGCGCCGAGCAGGACCGCGCGUUCGAGGAGUCGGCGCGCAAGGACGCCGAGCGCAUCACCGCACGGCGCCGCGAGCAGCGUGAGGCGCAGGAAGCCCAACAGCGCGCGGCGGACGCCGAGGCACGCGCGGAGGAGCAGCGGCGCGCCGCCGCGGCCGCGCACGCGCAGUGGGCGGCGCACCGGAUGGCGUGGCGGCGGUGGAUCCGGCGCGGGCUCGUCGUGCGCGAGCCGCGCCCGGGCGAGGCGGCGCGCGGGAAGACGCUGCGCGUGGGCGUGCGCAUGCCCGACGGCAGACGGGCGGUCCGGUUCUUCGGGGAGGAGGACAGGCUGACGGCGCUGUACGCGUACGUGGACGCGAUGUUCGUCCCGCCCGAGCUCGUCCAGGACGCGGACCCGGUCGCGCCGCCCGCGGGGGGCGCUGCGGGGGAAGGCGGGCUCGUGGCCGAGAUGGAGCGGGCGGGGAAGAACGCGGAGAAGUGGUGGGGGUUCCGGCUCGCUCUGGCGUACCCGCGCAAGGAGAUCGCGUGGGAGGCGGGCAAGAGGAUCGGAGAUGUCGAGGCGUUGCGGGGCGGGGGCCAGGUCGUGGUCGAGGCGGUCGAGGACGAGGCGUCGACGAAGGCGAAGGGCAAAGGCAAGUCGGCGGCGCAGGAUGACGACGAGUACGACACCGAGAGCGAUUGA